AUGGAUUGCUCUAAGUUUACGAUCAAUACUCUGGUCUCUCAACCGAUUGCUCCUCUUUCGAGUGCUCGGUCUUCAAGUGCUGGCCCUUCUCGAAGCAGUGAGGAUGCUACUUCUGCUUCCAUUCUUUUGCUUGAUUUCGAUAUCACUCCAUUCUUUCGCAAGAUUUAUCCCGAACCUCCCAAAUUAGGCCCUUCAGGUAAACGGAAAGCUACAGGGAAUGCUGUAUAUCGAUGCCUCCAUUGCCCUGCGGACACGCCAUGGGAAAGCAAGCAGAAAUCUAACGCUCGCAAUCAUGCUCGGAAGAUGCAUCCCAAUAUUGUUAUAAACUUCGGUAGUAGCCUCGGUGUGGAUUCGAAUUCGGAUGGUGUCGAGCAGCCUUUCCAGAAGCCCCGGAUUGACCACUUUUACGCCCUUCAAGCCUCUGAAUCAUCUCUCCGCCGCGCAUUUGAUCGACGGCGAUAUAUCCAGGCCUGGGUAGGCCUCUUAACUAGGAGGCGCCUUCCAUUUUCUGCCGUUACCUGGGAUGAGACGUCGGAAUUAGUACUAGCGAGUAACCCGGCUGUGGAGGAUUUAUUGCUAACAUCCCGGUCUGCUGCGAUGCGGCAUAUAUCUGCGAACUUCGAUCUAUAUCGAACCAGACUUCGAAAUUUACUUGAAGGCUCUUUCUCACUCGUGCACAUCUCAUCUGACCUUUGGACUAGUCCUCAUCGACAUGGUAUUCUAGCUCUCUGUGCCAGAUGGAUUGAUGCAGAUUUAAAGCCUCGACGCGCGCUGCUAGGGAUGCCGGAGUGCAAAUUCAGCCAUAGUGGAGAGCAUCAAGCAGAACUCAUGCUUGAGGUGCUUGAGGUCUACGGUCUUCCUAGAAGACUGGGAUAUCAUACCAGUGAUAACGCUACAUCAAAUGAUACAUGCCUGCAACACCUUUCGCGGCUUGUCAAGGAGAAGCAUGGCGGCGAUUUCAACCCCAAACUGCGUCGUAUCCGCUGUGUUGCACAUAUUCUCAAUCUCUCCCUUCAGGCAUUCCUUCUAGCCUCGUCAAAAGAAGCCCUGAUCGCAGCCCUCAAAGCCGCCGAUGAUACGACAGGCGAUGCGAUGUAUGAGCAGUUUUACGAAGCACUGAAUACAGCUGCGGAGAGGGAAUCGAGCCAAUCAACUGGGCAGAAGCGCCUUUCGAAGAAGGGUAAAUCAUCAGAUCCAAACUACCAGCGACUAGCCAACUUUUCUGGGUGGCGUCAGAUCUCGGCUCUAAGAAAAAUACACCAUCUUGCUGUGUGGCUGCGAACAUCAUCAAUUCACUCUGAUCAGUGGGAUCUGAGAGUAGGCCUGCGACUCGGCAUUGAUAACGAUAACAGGUGGAACUCCUGGUAUAAGCUACUAUCUAAUGCGCUACGGAAGAAGGCUGAAAUACGACAGUUCUUUCUCGAUUUUGAAAGAGAACUUGGUGAUAAUAUACUGACUAUAUCUGACUGGGACCUUAUUGAGCGGACGCAACAGUUUCUCCAACCAUUUGCGGCCGCGACACUGCUUGGAGAAGGGGCAGGAUCAAAUCUCUCUCAUACUUUGAUGAUCAUGGAUGCUUUGCUGCACCAUUACGAGAAGGCAAAGAAACUUUAUAGCGCCGAGGCUACUUACGAUCCGCACCUUGUUCAUUGUGUGGACAUGGGUUGGUUCGUUCUAAACAAAUACUACGCUUUAACCGACGAAACUCCUGCAUACGCUGCUGCUCUCCUUCUUGAUCCUUCAAAAAGGCUCAAAUAUAUUCAGCACAACUCGGAUAUCGGCUGGAUUGACAGUGCUGUUGAAAAGACUUCUAAAGAUGAAUCGACACACUCUCGGCGGCCGAGGAAUGGUUUAGAUGCUCUAUUUGAUGAGAUUGCUGUAUGGGAAGAAACUAAUUCUGAUGUGGAUGAUCUCGAAACAUUUAUCAAAAGUCCUCCGAAUAGGAUUACUUGCUCCCCUCUUCUCUGGUGGCUUAAUCCUGAGCGGAUCAAAACGUAUCCACGCCUUUGUCGGAUGGCUAUUGAUGUACUCUCGAUCCCACCCGAAUCAACAGAUCCAGAAUCAGCAUUCUCCGGCGGCAGACGUACUCUCAGCUGGGAUAGAGAAAGCAUGUUAUGUGAGAACGUGGAAAAGGUUGAGUGUAUCGGCAACUGGAUACGGUCGGGCUUUAUUACGCUCUCAAUUGAGGGUGGAAAGGGCAUUAUACUCGAUACAGCUAUUGAUGUAGAUGUAGAUAGAGAGAUUGAUGAUGAGCUAGAUUGA